AUGUCUGCUGGGCUACACGCAACUAGCUACAACCAAAGUCCCCCAGGGACUGCAGAACCCCCUGGCACCCCUGCCUCUCACUCUGCUGUCUCCCGCCAGCCUCAGUUAGGCACCCUAGUUAUGCUGUUUCAAUCGGCUAUUCGAGUCACGUACGACAUCUGCGUUGAUCCUGCUGCCUCUCCAGCACCAACUCUACUCCAGCGUGGAGCAUCAUACUGCAUUUUCACACCCCGUUCCCAAGCGAUCCGAGUCCUUUUCUUGACUGGAAAUUAUCCAAGUUACUUGGACGCUCUGUGCAACACCCAUCCAGGGUUGUUAAACCUCAAAAACCUGGAUUGCUGGAACAUUUACCUAGAACAGGUGCAAGCACUACUGAUGUGUCCUUACACGCGACAGUUCUUAACCCUGGGGGGAAUUCUAUGGCGUCUUGUGCUCCAAUUCAGCCCACCUUCCCUUCUCAAUCACGCUCUUGCAGGCCCCUCUUCGGACAUCAUGAUAUGGGGAAUAGGAGACAUCGCCAAUGGUCAAUGUGAUGAUUCUGUGGCAGCGGUGGACAGCGCCACACUGAUUGAUGUUUCAGAAGCUGGAUCUUUUUGGCUGCCCCAUGACAUCUGGGAUGCAUCUUGCCGAUGGAAAGAGUUUUGGUCAGACACAGAUGAGCAGUGGUUUCAAUCACAUCUCCAGAACUUAUCCUCUAGGAAUGUGGGAGCUAGCAAGACCCACAAGGAUUGGAAGUGUUUCUUCAGACCCAUUUCAGCAGCAAAGUCAUCAGACACAUCUAUAUAUGGUUCAGAGGCAUUCGCUCGUGAGCUGUUUGGACAAUUGGGCUUUUCCACGGCUCUGGUCCCUACCUGGGAUUUGUCAGUGGACAGGUAA